AUGCCUCAAAUUCUCACCGUUUUCGGUGCUACAGGUAACCAAGGAGGAUCGGUCAUCAAUCACGUCCUUUCCGACGCGGAGCUGUCCAAGGACUUCAAAAUACGAGCCAUUACACGAGACAUCUCGAAGCCUGCUGCCCAGUCACUGUCAAAACUAGGGGUCGAAUUGAGAGAGGCCGACCUGAACUCGAAGCUAUCCGUUGCUGAUGUAGUUAAGGGCUCUCAUACCGUCUUCCUCGUGACUAACUACUGGGACUCUGCUCAAGCAGGGGUUGAGGUAAUGCAGGGUAAGGCUGUCGCCGAUGCAGCUAGGGAUGCUGGUGUCAAGCACAUUAUUUUUUCGUCCUUGCUUCCUGUGGAAAAGAUCACUGGUGGCCGACUAAAGCAUGUCCCCCACUUCGAUGGGAAAGCCGAAAUUGAAAAGUACAUUCGCAAGACAGGGGUGCCUUGUACAUUCUUCCUCCCCGGCUAUUUCAUGUCGAACUAUAGCAUGCUGCUCCGCAAGGGCGAUGACGAGACCUAUAUACUUGCUUACCCGGUCAGCAAACAAGCAAAGUUCCCUCUCUUCGAUGCUGCUGAAGACACUGGCAAGUUUAUCAAAGCUAUUAUCAAGAAUCGUGAGAAGCUGUUGGGUAAGCAGGUAUUAGGCGCUACUGAUUACUAUACCCCGGAACGCAUUGUCGAGGAGUUUCAGGAAAUCACUGGCCAGAAGGCGAAAUAUCUGCAGAUUCCGCCAGAGGAUUUCAAGGCAGCAUACCCGCCAACAAUUGCGGCGGAAUUCUUGGAGAAUCACCUCUUCAUCGAAGAGCCUGGAUACUUCAACGGUGCUAGUCUGGAAAAGAGCCUUGAAAUUCUGGAAGAGGGUCCCACCAGUUGGAGGGAAUUCCUCAAGAAGAGCAAUGACUUUAAUUGA